ACCGUCCAGGCCGUCCGUCUCCGUGGAAACCGCCAUCGCCAUCGCCAUGACCUCGUUCGACGACAUCCUGGAGGAGGCGGGGAAGUUCGGGCGCUGCCAGCGGCGGGUGUUCGGCCUGCUGUGCCUGGUGUCCAUGCCCUGGGCCGGGGUCUACGUGGGCAUCGUGUUCCAGGGCUUCACGCCGGAACACUGGUGCCGGGACGCCGCGGCGACCGUCGCCGGGCAACGCUGCGGCUGGAGCCCCGAGGACGCCCGCCGGCUGAUGUCGCCAUCGUCGUCGUUGCCAGGCAACGGCUCCGGCGGCGGCGGAUGCAGCCGGUACCUGGUGGACUGGAACGCCACGGCGAUGAGAUGCGACGCCGCCCAACAGCCGCAGCUCAGCGGGACGCCCACCGCCGCAUGCACCGAGGGGUGGGAGUAUGAUUAUGAGGGCAGGCAGUCCUUCGUCACCGAGUUUGACCUGGUGUGCUCGGACGCCUGGCUGGUGGACAUGUAUCAGGCCACUCUGAACGUGGGAUUCCUGGUGGGGAGCAUCGCCAUUGGUUACCUGGCCGACAGGUUUGGCAGGAAAAUGAGCUUCCUGAUGUCCAACUUACUGAACGGGAUCGCGGGAAUCCUGGUGGCCGUGGCCCCCAACUACGUUUCUCUGCUGGUUUUCAGGACGCUCUAUGGGUUUGGAGUCAAAGGAGGCUGGGUGGCUGGAUAUGUGCUGAUCACAGAGAUCGUGGGGGUGGAGUUCAGGCGCACGGUGGGCGUGAUUUACCAGAUGUUCUUCAGCGUUGGCAUCCUGAUCCUGCCCCUGCUGGCCUACUUCAUCAGGGACUGGCGCUGGCUGCAGGUGGUCAUCACCGCGCCCUACAUCCUCUUCCUGUCCUACUACUGGUUCAUCCCAGAGUCUCCGAGGUGGCUCCUGUCGCAGAACAAGAAAGCCAGAGCUGUGAAAAUAACCGAGGACAUGGCCCGGGAAAACAACAGGACUCUGUCCAAGAACAUCGAGACUCUGACUGACGAUAACGCGGCCGACUCCCACACCGCCUCCUUCAUGGACCUGAUCCGGACGCCCAAAAUGAGGAAACACACCUUUAUCCUGAGCUACAACUGGUUCACCAGUGCGGUGGUGUACCAGGGCCUGAUCAUGCGUUUGGGUAUCCUGGGGGGGAACGUGUACGUGGACUUCCUGAUCUCGGGGCUGGUGGAGUUUCCCGCCGCGCUCCUCAUCCUCGUCACCAUCGAACGCGUCGGCCGCAGACUCCCGUUCGCCGCCGCAAACUUUGUGGCCGGAGCUUCCUGCUUCGCCACGGCCCUCAUCCCCGAGAGCAUGUUCUGGUUUAAGACGGUGGUGGCGUGCGUCGGGCGGCUGGGCAUCACCAUGGCCUUCGAGAUGGUCGUGUUCGUCAACACGGAGCUCUACCCGACGUUUGUCAGGAACCUGGGCGUGUCGGUGUGCUCCACUCUGUGUGACGUCGGGGGCAUCGUGGCUCCUUUCCUGCUCUACAGGCUCGCCGUCAUCUGGCUGGAGCUGCCUCUCAUCAUUUUCGGCUCUUUGGCGUUUGUGGCCGGUGGGCUGGUUCUUCUGCUUCCUGAGACCAGAGGAGUGCCUUUACCCGAAACUAUCGACGACAUCGAGUUUCCAGAAAGAGUGAAGGAGAGGGCGGCUCUGAAGACCCAGCAGCUGGCCAACCUGCUGCCCACCCAGGGGGACAUCUCCUCCAGCAAAGAGCCGGCCGCUAAACUCCUCCUCCUAAACUCUGUUUCCCCCGGGUCCCUUUUGGACGUUUGUCUCCUCCUGGACCCGUCUGGCGAGGUCCAUCCAGGUCCCCCUGAGCCCCAGAUCCAGACGGCGGCCGUAUCCAUGGCGACGUUCGACGGCCUCCUGGAGGAGGCGGGGCCCUUUGGCCGCUGCCAGAAGAGGAUUUUGGCGCUGGUCUCCUUCCUGUCGCUGCCCUUCGCGGGCGUGUACGCGGGCGUGGUCUUCCAGGGCUUCACCCCGCAGCACUGGUGCCGGGACCCCGGGGGGGUCGCCAUGGCGGCGGCGUGCGGCCGUCGCCCGGGCAACGCCUCCGGCUGCCAGCGCUACGACCUGGACUGGAACGCCACGGCGACCGGAUGCGACCUGACCGGGGUCCAAAUGACCGACUGCAAGGAUGGCUGGGAGUAUAAAGAUGAAGGCAGGAAGUCGUUUGUGACAGAGUUCGACCUGGUGUGCUGGGAUGCGUGGUGGGUGGACAUGUACCAGUCCGCUCUGAAUGUGGGAUUUCUGGUGGGCAGCUUUGCUUUCGGAUACUUUGCAGACAGGUUUGGCAGAAUGAAGAGUUUCCUGGUCUCCAACGUCUUCAACAUAGUGGCCGGGUUCGCGACGGCCUUGGUCCCGAACUACGCUGCCAUCUUGGUGUUCCGGGCCGUGUCCGGCUUCAGCGCCAAAGGGGGCUGGAUGGGCAUCUACGUGCUGCUCACAGAGAUGGUGGGGGUGCAGCACCGGUGCACGGUGGGCAUCCUGUUCCAGAUGUUCUUCAGCGUGGGCCUCCUCCUCCUCCCCCCGCUCGCCUACCUCAUCCCCGACUGGCGCUGGCUGCAAGUCGCCUUCACGGCUCCCUACAUUCUGUUCAUGGCCUGCUACUGGCUCGUUCCAGAGUCUCCCCGGUGGCUCCUCUCUCAGAACCGUUCUGCCAAAGCUCUGGAGAUCAUGGAGGCCAUGGCCAAAGAGAACAAGACCAAACUCUCCACAAACAUUGAGACGCUCACAGAUGAGCAGGUGGAGUCUACAUCCGCCUCCAUUCUGGACCUGGUCCGAACUCCCAAAAUGAGGAAGCACACUCUCAUCCUCAUGUUUAACUGGUUCACCAGUGCGGUGGUCUACCAGGGCCUGAUCAUGAGGGUGGGGAUAACUGGAGGGAACGUGUACGUGGACUUCCUGAUCUCGGGGCUGAUGGAGAUCCCCGCCGCCGUCCUCAUCCUCGUCACCAUCGACCGCGUCGGCCGCAGACUCCCGUUCGCCGCCGCCAACAUGGCCGCCGGAGUCUCCUGCAUCAUCACCACCUUCAUCCCCGACAGUCUGUUCUGGCUAAAGACGGCGGUGGCCUGUGUCGGGCGGUUGGGCAUCACCAUGGCCUUAGAGAUGGUGGUGUUUGUCAACACGGAGCUCUACCCGACGUUUGUCAGAGUCAAAGAUCAUGAAAUGUGUGCUGGAAACAUCGAGGGAGGAAUAGACAGCUGCCAGGGAGACAGUGGCGGUCCUCUGGUUUGUUAUGCUCAGAACCGGUUCGUCCUCCAGGGAGUGACGUCCUGGGGCCUGGGAUGCGCCAACGCCAUGAAACCCGGCGUCUACGCUCGGGUCUCCAAGUUUGUCGACUGGAUUGAGAAUACCAUCCAAACCAACUAA